UGUCAUUCGGACCCCGCGUUGUUGAUCAAACUCGAGAAAGAGAACCGAUUGCCGUGUGAUUUGAAGUGACUGUGAUUGUUCUGCCUUUUGGCAGAGUGCAGGUGAUUGUGAUUGGUGCAAUAAUCAAAUGAUCAUCGGACCAAAAGGGCAGAAAAUUGGGUUGCAUGGCAGUUUCUCAAUGACCGAGGAGCAUCCAAUGGGAUGUGAAUCAUGAAGGUGGUGAUAACGGUCAGUCAUUAUUGUCCCGUCCAUGUCAGCAACUUUUGAAUCGAUUGCUUGAUCUUGGCACCCGCUUUUUCGCUCAUUGUUAUCAGUGGAAGUGCAUGUCAGUGCUCUCAAACUCGACUUUGCCAUUUUCAGCCGAAAGUGACUCGUUCUGAGGGGAACUUUUUUAGAGCUCUGAACGAUUGCUGCCUUAGAGACCAAGGACCAAGACGAUUUCGAGAUCUUGGCUCUUGAGGCGAGUGAAAGGGAAGGAAUCGUUGAAGACAAAAAGAUCAUCAUUUGCAUGAUGAGGUUGGUGGUGAGAUCUGACGUCGAAGAAGAUCAUUCAUUGUGAUUAACAGGAAGACGAUAUCGCCUGAAAAGGCAUCAAUGUGGCCGAUGAAGCGAAUGUCAAUCACGACGUGAUCGUGCGUGAGCGAAAAGCACCCUACCUCCGACGACAGGGGAAGAAAGAAGUUUAAAAAACAUUAUCUCGAACCAUUUACUGGAAUCACCCAUGCAAAUUCAUUGUACCUUUGACUUCCACCAAUCGACAGCUAGACCAGGCUACUGCCUUAUUCUUUCGGCCUUUUAAUAGCGCUCUAACAAAAUGAUUAGCACGCCACAACACAAUCAGGCCUUGCGUAAGCGCCUUCUGGGAACGUUCAAGCACAAUCUGGCAUUGCGAAAAAUCAAGAUGAACAGGGGUUUCCUUUCCAUAUCUAUAAUUCCCACCCUCCUUAUGUCCUUGGUGUUGCUCAUCGUCCCAAUCUUGGCCGAGGGCGAGGGUCGAAACCUUGACAGCCACCACCAAAACCCAUAUCAAAGUCGGGGCGCCUCACUGGUGUAUGAAGGCCCCCAUUCUUAUCAUCAGCAAUCUUAUCCGCCCAAUUACUUCUUCAGUGAUCACGGUCCGGCUCCUGUCUUGCAACGAAGACAACGCCAAUUUGAACCGGACAGGUUUGACGAACCAUUGGUGGCUCAACAACUUCGAGCGGUACCUCAUCAGGAAGAAGUCAAGGUGGAGAUCCGAGAGUUGCCUCCAAGACCCAAGUCGUCACGCUUGUUGUCCAGUCCGUUGAGACCCCAGCAGCAGACGUUUUCGUCGUUUUUUAAUGCGGCUCAACCGGUUAUUCCACAACAUUCAUUCACGCAGAACCGGUUUGCUCCCUUUGGCAGGUCUUUGAGCGGUCAUGAAGAGGGAUCAAUUGCCUUCACCCAGUUCGUUGGUCAACAUCCGACUGAUUCCCCGGACAAGUCAACUGACAACCCAACGGAACUACCCACGGAUUCGCCCCUUACCUUAUUCCACCCCAGCCCUAGUCAUAUGAAGGCGGUUCCAGCCGUCCCUGUGAAGGUUUCUCAAGACUCGAGCAUUCAAAUAUCACAUCCUACCCCAACCUUGUCCUCUUUGACCAGACCUCCUUUGUCGACCCAAGCCACUAGUUUUGCCUCCUUCUCGAUGGUUCAUUUGAACUCGGGUCCUGGGGUGCAACCAUCUGAGCGGCCGGAUAUACUCGAAAGCAAAGUGAACCUGAAUCGGGCUAGGCAACCCGUACGCGGUCCUGCUAGGCAAGCAGUUCCAGAUUCACAUCCAGAAGAGGAUAUUGAUGCCCAAAUCCAUGGAGCUGGCAAGACUAAACCCAUCAAGCGUGUCGUAGUGACUCGGGUUCCCACCAAAGCUGCUCGUGCUUCCCCAACUGCCAGAAAAUUGAUCCCAUCUCGUUCCAUAAAAGCCCUGGAGGAAGAAGAGCCAUUGGCCCAUAUUGUUCCCAGUGAGAUUCCUUCGGUAAGAACCACAGCUCGGACCGGUCGAACCAAGUCAGGCUCAACUCGACCUUCGUUUUUCACGGUCCGUCGCCCAAGCCCUGGUACUUUUAGGAAAAGUGAAAGAGUGAAAGCAAAAGACGACGACGACGACAAAGAAGAAGAAAUAGUGGAAGAAGGUGUGAAGGUAGAGGAAGAGCUUGAAGCUGAAGAGGAGGAGGUCCCAACUGUUCCAACAGUAAGUCCAACCACUCGGACGCCCAAGGUCUCUCCGCUCUUCUCCAAAUUGAGAGCUCGGUCUCGUGGAGCCACGUUCUUUCGGAAAGGUCCCCGACACAACAGAAUAAGCUCCUCCACUUCCGCAACCGAGGCCACCACCACAUCGUCGUCGGAGGAGGUAUCUUCCUCAGCCAAAGAAACGUCGAGCACCGAAUCUACCACCAAGACAACAACAAUAACUACUACAUUGCCAAGUUCGACGGCUCGACAACCGCCUAUCGCAUCUCGAUUAGUGGCCACCAGGGCCAGCUUCCGAUCUCGAGGCAGUUCCAAUUCACCUUCAGCCAAGCCCAACCGUAUUGUUGUCAAGGGCCAAAGGCGGAAAAGCGCCCCCGAAUCGACGUCUACCACUCCUGUUAAAGAAACACCCAGGGCAUUAACCGGGUCUCGCUUCUCUGCUAGGAAGUCAUUGUUGGACCUAAGACCAGCUUUCAGAGCUAUCAAAGCCAAAAAUAGUCCCAAGGAAAAGAAAGAGGAGGAGGAGGAGGAAACAGAAGACGAUGAUGAUGAUGAUGAUGAUGAUGAUGCCACUGAGGAGCCCGAGAUAUCCACCCAUAGGUCGGAGGAGAUCUUGGCCUCCCUUCGACUCUCCACCAUGAAAACGCCCUCCAUUGACCCUUGCUUGCCUAAUAACCACAAAAUCGUCCAAGAUCAGCCUCAGAGGUCGAUUAACCACCAUUUGGCCAAAAGCGGCGAUGAGCCUCCAAUUUGCGACCGGGAUUUGGAGCGGGGCUGGUAUCGAUUUGAAUCGGCGGCUGGGAAUAUUAUGCCCACGGAAUGCCCCGGAGGCAACUAUUGCGGCACGAAUAUGCCCAUUUGGAUGAAAGGCGAUAUACCAUCAGAAGAAGAGGGCACUGUGGAAGCAACUGGUUGUAUUAAUCGUGAUCGCGAAUGUUGCAUCAAUGAGUUGCCAAUGCAGGUGCGAAAUUGCUCCAAGUUCAUUGUUUAUCAUUUGGAGCCCACGCCCACGUGCAGCAUGGGCUAUUGCAUCGGAGAGGGCGUGCCAUGUCCGGAAGGAUUAACUUCGGAAAACGGCUACACACCCUGUAAUUUCACUGCCAAAUUAGAUACCGUAGUUUUGAGCCCUCAAGUCAAUGACAACCACACGGAGGUGACAUUCUCGUGUCAACCUGUCAUCCAAGAUGCUAUUGAUCGGGCUACAAUAUCUGUGGAGAUCGAAUGGUGGGUUGGCAACAUGCUCGUUUCAGACGAGACUUUUGAGCUGAAGGACAGACCCUCGGGCGUCCUAAGUCAAGAUCUGUGGAAAGUUGGCCAUGAGGUUCGUUGCACUGCUUUGGUCAUGCACACCGUAACUGGUUCCGGGACAGAAAAGAAGUCCAGCAAGACAUUUUUCAUUGGAUUGGUAGUGGACUCCGAGACAAGUUUGAUUCUACACGAAGGAGGAGUGGCCCAGGAUUUAAAGAUAUCCUCGACGAUUCCAAUCACAUGUCCCGAUGGUCGACGAGGUCGUCAUUGUUGUUUGGACCUCGAAUUGAGUGAGAAGAUCCAGUCCAGUGGUCAACGUUGUCCCAAUAGGGAGACCCUGGAUCGCUUGGCAUUUCCGUUGUGCAAACCGCAGAUCUGUGAAGACGAUUUCAACUCAUCUGUGUCCAUUUCACUUCGAGUGAAGAAUGACCAUCUCAUCAAUGGAAACGAAACUAUCCACCUUGAAAUUGGUGUGAGUGGAGUGGCUAAAUGGAAGGACUACAAACUACCAGACCAACAGUUACAAGUGGUCUCCAGCGAUGUCCAAGAGUUCUGUCAGAUCAGCUCGUUCCUUACGACCUUCGAUGGGAGUCAAGUUCAAUUGGAUCAGCCAGGGAUCUACACUAUCUAUCGUCAUCAGUCCAAGCCCAUCGAGAUCCAAGCUCAUUUCUUCCCCUGUUCCUUGAGUAAAUUGUGCACUUGUGCCGUGAGUGUUCGGGUUGGAGACAUCUUUAUGGUUCUGGACGUGUGCACCAAAGGACAUCUCCAAGUCUGGGCUUCAACAGAAUCUGGAACUGUUCCGGAUGUAGGCGAGAUUCCGCGUGGAUUGGAGCUUCUCAGUGUGGAUGAAGGCAGAGAAUACAGGAUAUUGUUACCCACUGGAGGGUAUGUGUCUCUGGGGUCCCUUUUAACAAGCCUGAGGAUCUAUGCUUCCCAAGAGGACCUGAAUCAAACUAGUGGAUUAUGUGGCCCUUUUAAUCGGAACAUAAUGGAUGAUUUUAUGAAGCCCAACGGAGAGGUUGCUUGUACUGAAAAGUCGAAGUUACAAACAGGCGGAAGAUUCAAACAACCCACCCCUAAGAAAGCUCUCAAAUGUGUACCAUUCACCAAAUCAUGGAGCUUGGAACGAAAGGAGACCCUUUUUGCCGGAUAUUUUGACAAGACACUAAAUGGAACUCUGCCUACCAAAGCUGGAACUUGCUCCUGUAAUAAGCAACAUGACAAGCGAUCUUCCUUGGUUCACGAGAACAUUGAAGACAUAGGCGAAAACUUUGAAGUAAUGGAUUGCUACGCCGAAGAUCUGGUUUGUUUCCAACAACAAAACUCGCAACCAUUCCUCACGAAAGCGUUUGCUUUGGGGAAAAGUCCGGAUUUUAGACACUUCACGGAUUUGAUUGUCGAACCUACCAAGGUCAACGUCGAAUCGGAUGAAUCGGUCAUUGAGCAAAAAGAGGUGGCUCAAAUCAUCUUGUCAACUUCAGUCCAGUCCUCUCAUACAGGAACACCCCCAGAAGGAUGGACACUGAGUACAGCAGACAAACAUUGCGCCAAUUUCAUCCAAGAAUCUGAUGCCGCUGACCGAUGUCGCUUCGUUCCUGAAAUGGAUCUCUCAGAGGCCAUUCAAACUUGCCGUACCGAUCUUCUAUUUACGGGGAACUUCAGGGUAGCAACCUUGCACCUGGAGCGCUUGAAGGAGGAAUGCCGGGAAUCUCUUUUUCGUAAUACCUCCUUGUGGACUCUGGAGAGUGGCUCAAGCUUCCUGACACCUCCAAGGAGGAUUGCAGAUGCUUUGUGUUUGAAUGAUUGCUCCGGCAAUGGCAUUUGUGACAGAGGAACCUGCAAAUGUGAUUCAGAUUACAUCGGAGGGGAUUGCUCUCAGACGCUGUCAACCGGGAUUCAUACUUCCGAACCACCUCCACCUCAAGUCUCAGCCUUGACAAACUUUGGAUUGUGCGACACAAGAACCAAACCAUGCCGUGAACUCACUGUUUUGGGGGAUGGUCUAGUCAACCAUGAGGCGUUGAAGUGCAAUCUCGAGAUUUACAAGAUCCGAGGAGUCGCUUCCAAGCAAUUGGUAACAGAUCUGGUCAUGACAAUGCCGGCUAAAUUCAUAUCAUACCAGCAAGUACUGUGCCCAUUGCCCGAACUCGAUAUUCAUCAUCCAGACGAUCUGGCCAAGUUGGACUUCAAAGACAACACCGACCAUACUAGGAUAUUCGCCAAAGUUAGCUUGUCUUACGGUCAAGGACCUCGAAGUGCACCAUUGGAUCUUUUGCUCUACGACUCGUUAUGCUGGGAUUGCGAUUCUGCCGGAGAAUGUACGGCCAAAACCAAAGAAACUCGGUGCUUUUUUGCAGCGGGUACUUCGUCCAUUCAAGUGUUCAGAAUUGGUCGGACCAUCUCCACACGCGUUUCACCAGACGAUUUCCGAACCUGUACCUUACCCAAAGACAGCGGGGGUUGCGAUAAUAAAAUCUUUAGAUACUACUACAACGCUAUUGAACGACGUUGUAAACUUUUCGUGUACGGAGGUUGCAAAGGUAAUGGCAACAAUUUCUUGAGCGAGAUUCAAUGCCUUCAGCAAUGCGGCGAUGAAUCAGCCUUGGCGCUUCUACCUGAACCCGAAGUCACCACGGAAAUUGAUACCUGCUCUCAAAUCAAGGACGAGGGCAUUUGCACUGGUUAUGUGCCUAGGUUCUAUUUCAAUAAAAAAUUGGGCCGAUGCGAACUCUUCUCGUAUGGAGGGUGUGGCGGGAACAACAACAACUUUGAGUCCGAAGAUAAUUGCGUGGCUCAUUGUGGUGGCCCUUCUGGAGGCGGAAUCUUCUCACACUCGACAGACGUCUCCCUUGAUGGACCUAGUCCGGUGACCAUUCGGAAAUCCAAGUGCAACUUACCCCUUCACAAAGGCGCUUGCCAUGCAACGUUGAGACGGUUCUUCUUUGAUAGUGAUGAAGGCAGAUGCAAACUCUUCAUUUUUGGAGGCUGUCAAGGCAAUGCCAAUAACUUCGAGACAAUGGAAGAGUGCAUUGAGGAUUGCUCGGGCCCCAAUUUCAUGAAUGGAGAGAAAACAUCUGGCAGUAAUAUCAUUAUCUCAACCACGACACUCGAGCCAACCUCAAAACCCACGUCACUUUCAGGCUCUAAUUUCCAAACUACCAACGUUUGUGAGCUCACCAAAAGCUUUGGCACUUGUCUCACUGUGAGUUUCAGGUACUUUUAUGAUUUCGCAACAAACACUUGCAAACGGUUCAGAUACUCUGGAUGCGGGGGGAACGGCAAUAAUUUCCUCUCUGCCGCUGAUUGUGUUCGAACCUGCGGCGGAGUCUUGGCGGGCGAUAAACGAGCCCCGGAAUUAAAGGUAUCUCCCAGAUUUUACGAGACCAUCAAGCACCGGGCAGAGGGUGAGAUUGGAGGUUACAUCCGGAGCACCUCUACCACCACCACGUCUAGCACGAUUAAACCAACAACUAUGCCCACAACCACCACUGUAUUUGUGGAAUCGACAACCACAAACCCACCCGCCUCAACAGCGGAGAGAAGCACCAGACUCAGGGUGAAGCAAAGGAAGAGGUUCUUUCCUGCCGCCAUCACGGCUGCCACAACAACCAGUAUUAAAUCAACAACGGAACCUUCUACAAUCAUUCACAAAACCACAACGGCUAGGCACCAUAUCGUACGAGCUACACCGAUCCCCCGAGGCCGUUCCAGAUUCGGAACCGGGGUACGCGCUCGAUUCGUAGCGUUAUCCGCCACCACUUCAACACCCAAACCAGAUACCGAAACAAAAGAUGAAGGUAUGAUGGUCAGCACUCAAACCAGCCGGUCCACAAUCGUUCGGGCCAAACCAAAGCGACCGAUAUCGAAUGACAUUCAUGGGCUGAAAGAGGGCCAUGAUUCGGACGAAAGUCCCACACCAAGCGAAUUGAUGGCGUCCACAGGGCAUGCUCACCACAGGUUCAAGCUAUCUAGCUCCCUUCAAAGGCUGCUAAGGAGCAAGGCUUCAGAUCGGAGCAAUAAGCUCAGGGUGUCAACACCAUCCAAAUCUUCCUCAACCUCUGAGGAGGGUGAAGACCGGGAGACCCCUUUCUCCCCCUCCCAUGACGAAGAGGAGGAUCCCAAUCAAACAGAUCUUUCAAGUACAAGCCUCGAGGCGAGUGCAUCAGAGUUAAGGCCCACAACCGUAUUCCGUGGGACCAACAGCCUUUUCUCCAGGCGCAUCUCGAAAUUGUCCCAUGUGCCAGUUAUUGACCAAGUGGUCAAGGCCCCUCUCACUAUGAAAGGAAGUGAGCUGGUGGUUAUCCAUACCUUCUGUCGCCAUUCACCUCCGCGCGGAUCUCAACCGCGAUGCAACAGGGAGAAGCCUCUCUAUUUUUACAACGUGACGUCCGCCACUUGCGAGCCUUUCUAUGACGGCUACUGCGGUCGAAGUCGAAACCGCUUUCCCUCCAAGGCCGCUUGUCUUUCCUCCUGUAUUGUGGCGUCCGAAAACGUCGAUUCGGCCGAAGCUGAUUAAUAAAUUUUCAACCGUUGGUACUGUGAAAUUUUCCUUGUUUUGAAAAUUCUCUAAACCUGUCUUGAGUUAUGCUCACAAAAAUACUUGGCGGGAAGAAAGGAAUUUUGAAAAUUCCCCGGGAACAGCUUUUCCCUUGAAGCCAAGAUCCUAGUCAAGACGAGCAAACCCCAUAGAAGAUUGUGAACACGUUUACCUUUGCAUUCUUUGUGAUCCAGAUUUCAGUGAUUCAAGUGUUUGGCUCUCCUGAAUUUUUGUCCAAGAUUAUCGUUAUUUUUUGUCAAGACUGAAACGAUGUGCAAGGAGCUGCAGAUUUCCCAGUGUUGUUCCCAACCCCUUUUUGAUAUCCAUGCGUUACAUAAAAUGUGAAUCUUUUUAGUCGGAAUAAUAAAUUUGGGAAGUAUUUUAA